GCUCUGCAGUCGAGCGAACAGUGAAGUGAGACAGACGACGUCUGAACGAUUGUACUGGGAGUGUUUUUGAUGGCUACCUAGGCUACACGGCACGACGGCCAGUACAUUUUGUCGUACUUCUGAGUAAUCGGUGUCUUUUGAGGCCGUGAAAACGAAACCACUGCUCUUUAUUCAACGAUGAAGGUAGCUGGGACGACGUCGACUGAACGUGGACCCUGCUAACUUUUAAGUGCUAACGUUAAACGAGACUUCGGUCGUCGAGCGAAAUUCAACUUCGACGAUCGCAGGAUAACGUGAACUCUUCUGGAAAAAUACGCUCCAACGGAAGUCCAGCUAGGAUUAAUAGAAGCGCUGGAAGACUUGGACUUGAAGAACUACAUGAAUUUAACGGGGCAACUAUCCUUUGUAACUUUUCCUCCUCAGCAGCGGUGCACACUGUUGUCGUAGUGGCGCACAUAAACCUCGGCUAAUCUUAGCACGCCAGCUAACGUUAGCUAGGCAUGCUAGCAGUACAGUAGUUAGCUACUGUCCGGACUUUACGAUUCAUUUGGGCAACGUUUUUAUGGCAAUGUCUUUAAUACGUUUUCCAACAGGUAGACAGUGUGCAAAUAUGACAAAGCAGUAAAAAAAAAAAAAAAACACAUCAGCAUUUUUUGGAAGUUAGGCCAUAAUUGUCUUAUGUUUGUAACUCCGGGGAGUGCCAUGAGUUGUAGUUUGUUGUAGCUUUUUUUUGGUUUGUGUUUUGAAGACUGUCCUCGUGUUGUAGAGUACUAGUUAUAUCCGUGUGAUGCAGUCUUUGGACACGGUCUAACCCCCGAUACCGAGCGACCAUGUUGGAUCAUACAGAAUAACACCAGACUUGUGGAUCAGGAGACGCGCUUCAGGUCGUGCAGUUGGCUCUGUGCUAUUUGUGCUAAUGCGAACAGAAGAGGAAACCUUCCAUUUGUCCUAGGGGAUACAAAUAGCUUUUAUCGGACGUCUUCAUCACUUCAAAAUGUCGGCCAUCUCCGCAUCCGAGAAAGUGGACGGGUUCACGAGAAAGUCCAUGAGGAAGGCCCAGAAACAGAGGAAAUCCCAGGGCUCGUCUCAGUACCGCACACAGAGCGCUCCGGUGGAGCUGUCGCCGCUGCCGCAGCUCAAAGAUGCCCCCUCCACAGAGCAGCAGGAGCUCUUCACCCAGAAGCUCCAGCAGUGCUGCAUGCUCUUCGACUUCCUGGACUCUGUGAUGGACCUGAAGAGCAAGGAGAUCAAGAGGGCCACUCUGAACGAGCUCGUGGACUACGUCUCCACCAACAGAGGGGUGCUGGUGGAAACUACGUACCCAGAGAUCACUAACAUGAUCUGCACCAAUAUCUUCCGGACUCUUCCACCAAGUGACAACCCUGAUUUUGACCCAGAGGAGGAUGAACCCACUCUGGAGGCUUCCUGGCCUCACAUUCAGCUGGUCUAUGAGUUUCUGCUGCGCUUUCUAGAGAAUCCAGACUUCCAGCCCAGCAUUGCAAAGCGACACAUCGAUCAGAAAUUUGUUCUGCAGCUCCUGGAGCUGUUCGACAGCGAGGACCCGAGGGAGAGGGACUUCCUGAAGACCAUCCUGCAUCGGAUCUAUGGAAAGUUCCUGGGGUUGCGUGCCUUCAUCAGGAAGCAGAUCAACAACAUUUUCUUGCGGUUCAUCUAUGAAACUGAGCACUUCAACGGUGUUGCUGAGCUUUUAGAAAUCCUGGGAAGUAUCAUCAAUGGGUUUGCGUUGCCUCUGAAGGCCGAGCACAAGCAGUUCCUGAUGAAGGUGCUCAUCCCGUUGCACACAGCUAAAGGACUGGCCCUUUUCCAUGCACAGCUGGCCUACUGUGUGGUCCAGUUCCUGGAGAAAGAUCCUACACUUACUGAACCGGUGAUCCGCGGGCUGCUGAAGUUUUGGCCAAAAACCUGCAGCCAGAAAGAGGUGAUGUUUCUGGGUGAAAUCGAGGAGAUUCUGGACGUCAUUGAGCCGACACAAUUCAAGAAGAUCCAGGAGCCGCUGUUCAAACAGAUCUCUAAAUGCGUGGCCAAUCCACACUUCCAGGUCGCGGAGCGGGCGCUGUACUUCUGGAAUAACGAGUACAUUCUGAGCCUCAUCGAGGAAAACAUCGACAAGGUCCUCCCCAUCAUGUUCGGUAGCCUCUACAGAAUCUCCAAAGAGCACUGGAACCCGACAAUCGUAGCUCUGGUCUACAACGUGCUGAAGACGCUGAUGGAGAUGAACUGCACGCUGUUUGACGAGUUGACUUCCUCCUACAAAGCAGAGCGGCAACGGGAGAAGAAGAAAGAGCAGGAGAGGGACGAGCUGUGGAAGAAGCUGGAUGAGUUGAGGCUCAGCAGCGGUGCUCUGGUCCAGAACAACAGCCACGGGCUCCCGAGUGUCCACAACAACAACAACAACAACAACAACAACAACAGUGAUAGUAGUAAUAAUGACAACCAGGACAAGAGCGCCGAGGCUGCAGCCGUCACCACAGACGACAAAGAUCCCGACGUCAGUGUGGCGGCCAGCGAGAGCACCCCAUGUGCCAAAUGACACCGGACGUCCGUUUUUUAUUCCGUAACGGUUUGACCAUCGUGUUCAGGACUGUCAGGAGAGGAUUGACGUAGACAGAAAGAACACAAAUUACACCUCAACAGUAUAUUAAAUCUACUAGAGUGACUUAGGACGCCAGCAUUUCUUUGGCAGAAAAUAUAUAUAUUUCAACUUAAGACUAUUUUUGGAUGUUACAGUGUGGCUGCAGUAUAUUGUUUAUCUGUCUGAUCAAAGAUUUAUCCAUUCACAUUUAGUUUCUUAACUGAAAAUGAUUAUUUCUGUUUGUUUAUAUUCGUUGUAUGAUACAUGGGAGGGGAGAAAAUAAUGAUGACUUGAAUUUAAUGUUUCCGAUUGUGCUGCGCUUAGACAAGCUGAAUAGCUAUUUAAAGAUGUCUAUUUUUUAAUGUGCUUUUCCUUGUUGCUGCCAACACUUGGGUGCAAACCUCAAGGACGAAGGGAACUGCGGUGUUUGGGAGUAUUUGGGGGGGGGGCAGAUGGGACCAGAUCCAUCUUUAAACAUUGAUCCGUUGAUGUACAGAAAAGGACCGUUAUCAGGAGCAGAAGACGCUACAGCACGGUUGUCUCACGUCAGAGAUAGAGAAUGGGAGGUUCAUGGCCAAAAAAAAAAAAAAAAAAGAUAAAGCCUCAAGAGUAAUAGUCCCAGAUAUGAUAUCUCCGAGAGUGACUCUCGUUGGGACUAUGAAGUUAAGACUUGUUCACAGUUUGGUAAGAUGGAACAUUUGUGAGAUUGUUUUUGUGUUUCAGGUGUUGGUAACUAUUUCUUUUUUUUAUCUGGGUAAAAAAACAUGAGAACACACCUGCAUUUGUAAGAUUACACUAAAGUAUGUCGUUCAAGCCUGACUCGAAUUGAAGGAAAGCUUCAAUGGGGUUUAGAUGAGAGCAUCCGUACCACAGUUUAGAUAUUCUCCUCUAACUCUCAGCAAGAAAGAGAAUAAAAGUAUUUCCCAAAAUGUCUAACUAUUCCCCUAAAAGUAGUAGAUUAAGACAUACAAACAUGACACCUACAGUACUAUACUUUUUUCCUGAGUGUUGACGAGGCAAAUAUUUUUCAAUGUUUCCUUUUUGCAGAUGGAUUAUGACGGGAUGCAGGAGUGCGUACAUGUUAGUUUGUGAGGCUACUUAAAGGGACAUGCCACUCAGUUUAAGGUUUUCUGUACAGUGUAUCGUUUCCUCGGUCUGAGGAAGUGCUUAGGAACAUAAAUGGUUCACUGUCGAAUAGCAAAGACUUACACUCGUCUCACCACUUAUUUGGCGUUUUACAAUUCACAAGCUGAUGUGUAUUGUAAGUUUUUAUAUCCGAACAAAGGCUCGUCAUGAACUAGUGAUGUCAAGAAAAUGAAUGCUUAGCACAGGAAAAUCCAAGUAAUCUUUAGCAUCGAUGCCUGUUCACUCCCUGCAUCUCCCGACUCUGUAACCUCACGUUUGCUUUUUAGUUUCUGCCGUUGGGAGUUGAUAAAUCUGUUCAUGAACUUUAAUCAGACUGCCGUAGAUCAUAGGAACAACUUGUGACUUAUUUUUUUAAAUUGAACGGUGUUCCCUCUGAACUCAGUGUCUGCUCUCUUACUUCUUCUAAGUCCAUGUUUUUAGGUCCAGUCUCUGAUGCCUUUCUGUCAGUACAGCAUUCCAACCUCUGUGACGUUUAAGAAAAAAAACAAAAAAAAAAAACUGUGUGGGGAACCUGUUUUGUAAUCGCAGAUCUUAUUUAGGUUUCACCAUAAAAUAAAGUCUACUUUAUCUUUCUACU